UCGCAAAAAUCGCAGAUGAACAAAAAACCAGAGAUGAGAGAAGAGAUGAGAGCAAAGUACCAGUUUGUGUGUGUGGGUAAAAAAGAAUUGCUAGUACAGAAUUUGCCCUUGAGUUCCAAAGGAAUAUCAUCAAUGGCCAUGAAUGUCAGCAGUGCCUGUUUCUCAGUUUUCAGUUGCAAGAAACCCAACCGAAUAAGAGCGGUUGCUUCCGAGGAUUUUGCCUCUACCGCUGCUCUCAAAACAGAUACAGAAGACAAAUUGAAGUUAGGAGGAUCGGAGCUCAAAGUGACAAGGCUCGGAAUCGGAGCUUGGUCUUGGGGUGACACCAGUUACUGGAACAACUUUCAAUGGGAUGAUCAGAAAUUGAAGGCUGCUAAGGCUGCUUUCAAUGGAAGUCUUGAUUGCGGAAUUACGUUUUUCGAUACAGCUGAAGUUUAUGGCUCUCCGCUCGCCUUAGGUGCUGAAAAUUCUGAAACUCUACUGGGAAGAUUUAUAAAGGAAAGAGAAAAUGAUAAUCCCGGUGAAGAGGUUGUUGUUGCAACGAAGUUUGCAGCUUUGCCUUGGAGGUUUGGUCGUCAAAGUGUCAUCAGUGCACUCAAGGAUUCCCUUAAUCGGCUUGGCCUUUCAUCAGUAGACCUUUAUCAACUCCAUUGGCCUGGUAUAUGGGGAAAUGAAGGGUAUAUUGAUGGUCUUGGCGAUGCUGUUGAACAGGGCCUAGUGAAGGCGGUUGGUGUAUCAAACUACAGUGAGAAGCGACUUCGUGAUGCUUAUGAAAGGCUCAAGAAGAGAGGAAUUCCUCUAGCUUCGAACCAAGUGAAUUACAGUCUCAUAUACAGGUUACCUGAGCAGAAUGGAGUAAAAGCUGCUUGUGAUGAGCUUGGGGUCACGUUGAUUGCUUAUUCUCCUAUUGCACAAGGUCAUGUGCCCUUACGGAAAUAUAAACCAGAAAAUCCGCCAUCUGGACCUAGAGGGAUUUACACUCCGGAGUUUUUAACUAAGCUCCAACCUCUCCUUAUGAGAAUUAAUGAAAUAGGAGGGAACUAUGGGAAAACUCCAACACAGGUGGUGCUCAACUGGUUAAUAGCACAGGAGAAUGUUGUGCCAAUCCCAGGAGCCAAAAAUGCUGCACAAGCUAAGGAAUUUGUAGGUGCCCUUGGCUGGAGACUAAGCAACGAAGAAGUGGAUGAGCUACGGUCACUGGCAUCGGAGAUAAGUCCUGUUACCGGUUUUCCUGUGGAGAAGCUGUAAUUCUUUUUGCUCCGAUUCAGGUUGACUUAAUUCUUGAAUGUUAAACAUAGAAUGAAUAACUCAUAUUCUAGUAUCGGUUCCUUUGAGCCUCAUCGUUUGGGUGUUCAUUCUGAUGCCCAAUUUAUGGGAUCAGAUAAUGGGAAUUGUCUACUAGUGGUGUGUGGGGCAAUGAUUUCUACAAAAAAAAAAAAAAAAAAAAAAAAAGAGAGUAAUGGUUCCUCUUUCUCUCCCCACCCUGUUUGUAAUAGUACCAUGUAAUGUAUGUAUAUCUUUGUGGCAGUCCAUUCAAAGAAAUUCAAUCCUAGAAGCCUUACUAUU